ACGAGGGUUGUCGAAAAGCUUAAAACUCGACCAAAAUGCGCAAAAGCAGAACUGUUUGGUUUGUUGUUGUGAACUUGUAACUAGUUAGAUUUUUUUGUUUUAUAUACACUAACGGUACGUCAUCAAAGCUACUGAUAUCAUGGAUGCGUUACACAGACAUCGUUCUCUUCACAAGGGGACGACUCCACCAUGGAAGGAAACCUACAGGAAGCGUUGCGUGGACAGGUUGAAGAACAGCCGAGCUAGGUUACUGGAGAAGUACCGUCAGAUGGGAGAUGGUCAACACUGCAGCGCCAACGGCUCUGUUUUCGUCAAGGAGGUGAUGGAGGAGGAGUGGACUGCGCUCCAGUCGGCCAACAGAGGGCUGCCCACCCCGUGGCGUAAAGACGGAAUGGAAGAGAUGUACAGUGUCAUGAAGGAGUAUGAUGAAUUGGCAGUGUUUGAAGAAAUCCAACAGGAACUUAUGGCUCAAGAGCUCUCCAUCAUUGAGGAAUAUGAGAAAAGCAUGCGGUUCGAGGAGCAGUACUUGAAUUCAGUUGUGGAAGGGCUGGAAGGAGAAAGGCAAAUCAUCUGUCCCGUAUGUCACGUACACAACCUAACUGUGAACAGCCAUUUUACCUCCUGUCCCUGUGGGCUUUACAUCAACACAAGGCAAAGCAACGUGACCAUCGAGUCUCUGCAGUGUUUGUUGGAGAGGAGUGUAACUGAACACAUGGAGGAUUGUCUUCAGAACCCAGUCUUCUCCAUGGCCUCCAAUGCCGAUAGCUCUCCAAACCUCAUGAUGAGCUGCAAGGCUUGUGAUUACCUGUCCAUAGUGCUGUGAGUCACCUGUCCUACCGGGGGAAAAGUCAGAUUUUUAACCAUCCCGUGUCCGUGGGAGGAUUUUUGUACUCUGAAAUAAAGACUUUGUAUUUGUACAGUAAGAUUGGGCCGUUUUAGUUUGACUGGUAUUCAGAGCAUGUCUUAAAGACUUACGUUACGACGGCACAAUCGACUGCCAAAAGUAGUUCCAGCUGGCUAAUGGGACGCCAUAGCUCUGAUCAUGACAGCUGAUGAGUCCUCUGUUACCAGUGUCUCAGGUGUUUUCCUGUGAUCUUUCUGGAGACCUUCCUCCCUAAACAGGUAUGCAUAUACUGCGACAACUAGCUCAAUGCCUGAAACAAGUCCUUUUGAUAUGAUCACCUGCUUAAUUUCUCUUCUGCACUGUUGUCCUCAUGAGGGGAAAUGUACAUAACUGACGUAUGUCAGCAAUAAAACCAUGCUUAACCUA